AAGACAUCAAUCAGCUUUCAAUCAUCAAACAAUUCACACAUAAUGAAUACUUUCAAGACAAUUUUGUUACUUGCAUGUGUCGUAGCAUGUGCUGUCGCCGAGCCACCAAGAAGACGUUCUAAUUUCAAAAGUUUCAAGUUUGCACGACAAGAAGUUGAGGAAUCUGGUAGCACACCCGAUGAGCAACCACCAGUUGAUGAUAAGCCGGGUUAUAGCUAUGCACCACCAGCAGAAUCCCAACGUUUGAGACUGCCAGGUAAAGUACGAGUUUCCGUAUUUGCUCGACAAGAAGAGGCACCACCAAGCAACGGGUACAACUAUCCAAAACCUGAUAGUACUUAUGGACCACCAACCGAAACAACUGAAGAACCCGAACCAGAAGUUACUACACCAAAUCCUGAAUAUGGAGUACCAGCUGAGGAGCCAACAACAACUGCUCAACCUGAGGAAUCAACUGAUCAACCCGAAGAAGCCACAACCACAAAUCCACAGGCUGAGCAAUUGAAAAAUGUCCGAGCAGCACAAUUACGUCGUCAAAAAGUGAAGUCACAGAAGUUUGUAAUUGCCACACAGCAACAACAAUUACAACGUGUCCAACAGCAAGCACAACCAAUUUUCUAUUUCCAAUAUCCAGUACCAACUGACUUUGAUCAGCAGUAUGUUUACAUUUUCAAAUAGGAAAAUUCUCCAAUUUGACAUAUCGUAAAGUUCACUGCAGUUUCAUUAGCCAAAAAUAAUUCGUGUACAUGAAAUGGAUGGGAUGUAUGUGUAUGCAUUGUAGUAUUGAUGAAGAAAUAAAAUUUGUAGAUAUAUAUUUUAUGUUGCAAAAUUCAA